GCGGGCAGGCGCACCUCGCAGACACUGUACUCAGACCCCGGGCUCGGCUCUUGGAACGUUCGGAGAAUCUGCGACCGAAUUCGCGCCGACAGAACUCCCAGGGUUCAGAGAUGGAGGCCUCCUUUGUGGGCAAACGAGCCCUAGUCACGGGAGCCGCUCAAGGGAUGGGAAACUGCAUCGCUCGAGAGCUGGUGAGAUGUGGAGCAGCUGCGGUCAUUGCGGUAGACAUGGACAACGAAAAACUGCAGGAACUUAAAAAUGAGGUGCCCGGCAUCGAAACAGUCUGCGUCGACUUGAGUGACUGGCACGCGACAGCGGCUGCCCUGUCCAAGGUCGGAGACGUGGAUCUACUCGUCAACAACGCCGGCAUCACGAAGCUGGACCUCUUCGGUGACAUUCAACCGGAGACAGUGGACAAGAUCUUCGCCGUCAAUGUCAAGGCAGCUAUCAACGUGUCGCAGAUCUGCGUGAAGACCAUGAAGGCCCGCGGAGUGCCCGGAGCCAUCGUGAACAUUUCCAGUCAGUCCGGAAUCGUGGCUCUCCCGGAACACUCCGUGUACUGCGCCAGCAAAGCAGCGCUCGAUCUGCUCACCAAAGUGAUGGCACUCGAGCUCGGACCUCACAACAUUCGAGUGAACUCCGUGAACCCUACAGUCACCAACACAGCCAUGGGCCAGGCCGUCUGGGUAGCGUCCGGCAAGGCCGAUGAAAUGAGGGCCAAGAUUCCGCUGGGCCGUUUCGCAGAACCAAAAGAGAUUGCGGAUGUGGUGUUGUACCUUCUCAGCGACCGGUCGUCUAUGGUUACCGGUGUUGUACUUCCAAUUGACGGCGGAUAUACGACAUGUUAAAUGCUCAACUUUGCCUCCCGGCUUUACUUCCUCUGCAUCUUUCCGGCCAUUGAUAACGUUGAAACGAAAUUAGCUGGCGUCUCUGUUAGCCAAAAUUGAAAAAAUCGACAAUAUUGAGGCAUGAAUGUGGAAUACUUACGCGAAAUAAAUAAAAUGUGUGUUAUUUUAAUG